CGACUAUUCUGACAACGACAACAUUGCUGCCAGAAACGUGUGAUUCGAGUGUAAGCUAAUACCAAGGUAACUUGUUACCCAAUUGUCGCCAUUUUCUGUCGUUAAAAUGGCUGUCGAACCAACCCAAAAGCCUAUCCACUCGCUUAUCCUGGAUACUGGGCCACUGAUCAAGAACGUUGUCUCGAUUUCAACGAUCAUUAAUUCCGCCGAGAAACUCUACACUACCCCAGCUAUCAUCUCCGAGAUUCGAGAUGAGGCAACUAGGAUGCGAGUGCAGACUACUCUGAUGCCCUUCCUGAAAGUUCGCAACCCCAGCCCAGCAAGCUACGAUGCAGUCAUCGCCUUCAGUAAAAAGACCGGCGAUCAUGCCGUGCUCAGCAGACAGGAUUUGGGUAUCCUGGCGCUGGCAUACGAGAUACACUGCGAGCGAAACGGAGGAGACUGGGGUCUGAGGUCCGUGCCUAAGGGACCAAUCAAGCUCAGACCUGAAGAGGAAGAGGAGGCGCGCAGACAGAAGGAAGCAAAAGACGCCGCCAAGGCAGCUCAAGAGCAAGCAGAUCUGGAGAUUGGACAAGCCGCGGAGGACGAUGAGUGGUCAACUGUUGCCAAGUCGAAGAAGUCGAAGAAGUCAAAGGCCCAGAGCAGGAAGACGAACAAGUCAGAGCAGGAGCAAGAGCGAGAGUCGGCACAGGAUGAUGAGAUGAUUCUUGAGCAGCCAGCGACUGAGGCCGAGCCCCAGCAGAAGUCUGAAGAGUCUGUUGCGCAAGAUGCCACCCAGGAGCAGCCAGCAUCUUUUCCCACAGGGGAGAAGCCUGUUGAGGUUGAAAGCACCUCAGAGUCCGCACAGGCAGCAUCUGAUGUUGCCCCAGCUACUGAGUCUCUGGAGUUGGACUUGUCAUCUCUCGCCAUCGCUUCCACUCAAGAGCCUCAGCAGCAGGCCAUGCGUCCUGUAUCUGACGACGAGGACGACGACGAUGGCGAGUGGAUCACAGAGACCAAUAUGCCCGAACACCAGGUCAAGGAUUCUGGUCUUCAGGCUGACGUCCGUACUCAAGGACCCACCCAGAUGGAUGUAGCUACCAUGACCAUCGAUUUCGCUAUGCAGAACGUCCUGUUGCAGAUGAACCUCAAGCUCAUCACCACUAACAUGCAGCGCAUCAAGAAGCUCUCCUCUAAGGUUCUGCGUUGCCACGCUUGCUUCCAGAUCGUCAAGGACAUGAGUAAGCAAUUCUGCCCACGCUGCGGUGGCGCCACCCUCGCACGAGUCUCCUGCAGCACAAAUGCGAAGGGCGAAUUCCACAUCCAUCUCGCCAAGAACUACACAUACAACAAGCGGGGUGACAAGUACAGCAUCCCCAAGCCUAUCGCAGGUACAGCCAACACCAAGUGGAGCGGUCUCGGUGGAGGAAAGGGAGGAUGGGGGCGGGACCUCAUCCUGGCUGAAGACCAGAAGGAGUAUACGAGACAGCAAGAGAAAGAUAAGAGGGCGAAGGGCAGCGACAUUAUGGACCAGGACUACCUCCCGGGUAUUCUGACAGGUGACCGCGGACGUGCUGGAGGCAGGGUCAAGGUCGGCGCUGGCAAGAACGUCAACGCCAAGAAGAGACAUUGAUGGCUCGAUGCCCAGCCAUACAUACCAUGCAGAAUAUUCAAGAUGUAAUGCAAAUGUAAUUAGCCUUGAGCCAGCGUAUGCGAAGACAUCCCACUGGGGCAUGCGAUUCCUUAAACUUA